AUGUCUUCUGAAUUGCAAAAUCAUAUUGAAAUUUCAGAACCUGACCUUUCCUCUCAAAUUUAUAAAGCAACUUAUUCAGGGGUUCCAGUUUGGGAGUUUCGUGUUCGAAAUGUAGCCGUCAUGCGACGUAAAACAGAUUCUUGGCUCAACGCUACUCAAAUUUUGAAAGUCGCAGAGUUCGAUAAACCCCAUCGAACUAGGAUUUUGGAACGUGAAGUUCAGAAAGGGGAACACGAGAAAGUUCAGGGUGGAUAUGGAAAAUAUCAAGGUACCUGGGUUCCAUACGAAACAGGUGUCGAUUUAGCAGAACGGUAUCAUGUCAAAGAACUUUUACAACCAAUUAUUAAUUUUCAACCGACUUCGCAAAGUCCUCCCCUUGCGCCCAAACACGUAACGGCCGCGUCUAACAAACCGCGCAAACCACGUGAACCAAAAGAGCCUAAACCCAUUAAACCUAGGAUUCCUAAGAAAUUAAAGAAAGCUGAACAAAUAGAAGAUGCUAUGGAAAUUGAUUCUGAUCAUGAGACAAAUGAAAUAGUCAGUGUUGCUUCUACUACCAACGUGACCGUUUCUCCAAUAUCCUCUUUAACAACUACUCCUGCUCCAAUCGAUUCUUCAAAUGAUUUAACAGAGUCAGAUGACACUAUUCCUGUUCAGAAAACAAAGCGAAAGCGUAAACAGCCUGAACCUGCCACCGCGCCGGCUAGUACUAUUACUUCCAGUCGUCCAACUAAAAUUGUCAAGAAUUCCGCGUCUGCACAAUUCCAACAAUAUGGAAUGCUUUUGUUGGCGUAUUUUACAUCGAAUGGAACUUCGAUUCCAGAUUUUGUUAUUAAUCCACCUACAGAUUUUGACCCAAACGUCGUAAUCGAUCAACAAGGGCAUACUGCACUUCACUGGGCUGCUGCUAUGGCAAACAUUGAAAUGACUUCUCUUUUAAGCAAAGCUGGUUCAGAUCUCGAUCGUGGUAACAUUCACGGAGAAACUGCUCUGAUGAGAAGCGUCAUGUUCUCAUACAACUAUGAUAACAGAAGUUUCAAUGAUAUGGUACAAAUCUUGCAUACGACAAUACCCAAUUUAGACAUAAGUGAUCAGACUGUGUUGCAUCACGUUGCAGUGUUUGCUUCUUCAAAAGGUUGCAUCGGUCCUUCUAGAUAUUAUAUGGAGAUUUUGCUUUCGAAUUUAGCUCUACAUCCUAAUGAAGAAUAUCGUAAAGCCAUCAUUAACAAGCAAAAUCAUGAAGGCGAUACCGCCCUCAAUAUUUCUGCAAGAUAUGCUAAUAAGAAACUGGUUCGAUUACUAAUGGAUGCUGGAGCGGAUCCUCAAAUUAGGAACGCGCUAGGAAAAAAUGCCGAAGACUAUAUAUUAGAGUUGGAUCAUGAAGCAAAAGUUCGAGCGGCUUCUGAACAUCAAACUCAUUUACAAAACGUCCAGACAAUAAACAACCUCGAAAAUCAAGAAAUAACCGCUGUUGAAAGUUCAUCGUCAAUAGAAGUUUCGGGAACAUCACCAACCGUUACAUCAUCAACAGGUGUUCAAGCUUCGCAAAACUUUCUGCCAAAUAUCACAUCAAUUUUGCAGGAAUUUGAAAAUUCAUAUCAGUCACAAAUACAAGAGAAAGAUCAAGAAUUAUCUACUUCUCGUACCCAGUUAGAAACGGUCAUUAACGAGCUAAAUACGACUAAAUUUAAUAUUGACGCGUUGCGAGACAAGAUUCGCGUACUCCCCGCACGAAAAGAACGAAUCAAUGAAUUGGUUGGCUUGGUGAGGGAUAUAGUCGAAAAGCGAAGGCAAUGUCGACUUGACGCUACCAUCUCUCAAGAGAUGAAGAAUGUCGCACCGCUUCAAGGUGGCAAUGCUGACAAGUUGGCGGAGCUAAAGCAGCAAUUAGAGGAUCUUAAAGCUAGUAGACGGCAGCUGAUGAGAGAGCUUAUCAAGACCAAGACGACAGCGCCCGAUCAGAUUAUGACUCCAUACAAGCGAGUAAUUGGCUUGUUUAGCGGGGAAGCUGGAACCACAUCUGUUUCUCCUCAGAUGGAGAUGUCCAUCUGA